ACUCCUGACACAGACGCAGAGAAGACCUGAAUGCUCUCACUGCUGUAUCUUCACGCGUCCUGGCAUCGGUAUUGGACUGGCAAUGCGCCUCCAGUCGGCCACCUAAACUUACCGCCGCCUCACUGCUUGUUUGGGCGCGUCCCGGGCGGCGGCGACGACGACCUCACUGUGGAUGCGUGAGAGACUCCGAGCAGGAGCAGGAGCAGCAGUGUCCACGAUGGCUUCAGAUGAUGAGAGGAACAGACAGCGUUUGAAACAGCUUCUGGAGAAACCCGGGAAUGGGAAGUGUGCGGACUGUGGAGCUCCAGGUAGGCAGGCAGGAGGAGGAGAGGCUCACCGGCUGAUGCUGACCUUUUCCUCUCUGUAUCCUUCUCUUCUUUACUCUGCUGUAAACAAAUAAGUGUGUAUCAACAUUUCACAGCCGGUCUUUUAUCUGCUUGUGUUAAGUUCCUCUUAACAGACAGUCACGCUGUGAUCCAGACUUGGAUAUUGAUAUCAUAAAACCCUACAAUAAACCUUCUCGGGACUUAGAUAACAAAACUCAGAUCUCAUAAGACUCCUUUUAAAAUGACAGGUCACCUUUUAAAACAGUUUAAAGCAGUUUUCAUACCCGUAUUAAUAUGGACUUUUAUUGAUAUAGACUCAGAGCUGAGUCUGUUUUAAAUAGUCUUAAUAAAAUCUUUAAUCUGAAGUGUUUCCUCAUCAUUGUCAGCAGUGUUUCAGGUUGUUUUAGAGGCUAUAAAUAAAUUGUUUUUUGUACGCUUACAUGCUUUGGCAACACCCUGAUUACAACACCUAGUAACUUGGCACUCGACUCAAUAUCUGCGGCUCAUGUGCAUACCACAGGUGCACAACUUCUUUACACUUGAGCCAACAGGUGUGGGUGAUCGACUAUAUCCCAAUAUGGGCAAAGUAAGGGUUUUAAAAGUAUGUUUCUGCCUUAUUAUUAUGUAUUAUUAGCCUCAUUAAAGCAAUAACAAUAAGUGUUAAAAUUCUUAUUAUUUUCCUAAUUGUAUAUUUCAUCGUUAAAUCAUCUGGUAAUGAGUUUUUUUAAUCAGAUUUUUAAGUGAAAGAGUCUUACAACUUUCCAAAAACUUUACAUCUUUUAACAUCUGUUUGAAUUACAUCUUGGAUGAUGUUAUUUUAAUUGCUUUAUGAGGCUGAUAUGACUAUAAUUAUAGUCAUCAUAAUACUGUACAGGUGAACUACAAUGAUUUUAGUUGACACACAUCAUUUCCUUUCCAUGCUUUGUGUCUCAGAGACUCGUGCAUCUCAUCUUCUGUGAGAGAAACGUCUCUGUAAGACAGAUAAGUCGCAACCACAACAAGCUGCAGACAAUAGAGGAGUGGUUAACUUCACACCAGCCUCUUUCUUCUUCUGCAUGUGUGCAGCACUACGUUGAAGCUCGAGGAAGUAACAGAGUAUUUUUGACCUUGUGUAAUUUCAGCAGUUGUAUUCUUUCAUCGUCUUAAACAGCUGUUAAGACACCGUCUUGUCUGGCCCACACUCGAGCUGCUCGCUCGCCUUGAAUUGAUCAAAAUGAUGUUUCCGAAAAUAAAAUGUUGAGGUGUAGGUGGAGGUAUGAGUCUGUAUUUGUGGCCAGUUACACCUAUGACAAAAAAAAAAUCUCGCCCUCGGCUGCAAAAUUAGACGCGAAUGACUCGUGAAAAGAUGCUUGCAUUGCAAACUUUUUCAACUCAGGUCUUCAAAGAAAAGUCUGAGGUACUGACCUGACACUGAACUCAUCGAGAACGCAGCUAAAUGUCACAGAAACAACAGGAUGACAUGAUUAAAAACCAGGUCAUUUGUUCUCUUUUCACAGGCUGUAGUUAUAGCAGAGGUGUUGAUGAUAGAAAUGAGUCACACUGAGUGGAAAUAGUGAAGCUGUAAUGUGUGAAUGACACGCUGCAUUCACUGGAAACUGUAUGAGUUGGACAGUCGACGUGCGUGUAGGUGUACAGUGUUGAUUAAAAUCUUGUGGCUACACAAGACUGAUAUUUCAAAACAAUAUUUACAUUUCUUUUUAAAGAUUACUCGUUGAUAUUCUGCCUCUAAUGAAAGAAGAAACCAAGAUUAAACAUCAGAAAGUGUUCAAUUCAUUUAAAACCUUUAAAUAAAAUACUUAAUUUUAAUUUAAGGGCCUUAAAAAUAUAGGAACAAUACAGGACUGAAGACUCAAGCUUAUUAUUAUUAUUUAUUAUUCUGCAUCUUAAGAGCAAAAUAAGACAAUAAAAUACAAAAUAUUUACAAAAGAAAUAUUUUAUAAAAAUAAGAUAAUCCUACUAAAUUAUCUUAUCUUAUAGUAAUAAAUAAUAAUCUCAUAAUACAAUGGAUUUAAGGGGAUUUAUUAGUGCUUUAGAGUUUGGUCCUGAAAUCUGUUAAGAAAAAAUGCUUUAAAGCUCCUGUGAGGAGUUUUUUGACAUACAUGAAAUGAACUGAAAUUAAAUGCAAAUAAGACCAUCAGCGAUAAGUGUGACAUUUUCUGUUCUGUAAAGUUUAAAGGCUGACACUAUAACGUGAGGGGAUGCUAGCUUUAAAAACGACACUAUAUUUAGAUUUUCUGCAGACACGAAGAGGACAAAAUAGGUUUGUAGUCGACCCGGUUUAAUGACAGCGGAGUCAUUCGUGUCGGUUUUAAGGAAGUUCAGAAAUACAUCGCAGUCUAAAGUUAUUUCAAACGUUGGUGUGCGUCUCCUCAUGAGUCUCUCUGAUGUGUUUACAGAUCCGGAGUGGGCGUCUUACACGCUAGGUGUUUUUGUGUGUCACAGCUGCUCAGGACUCCAUAGAAACAUCGCUCAAAUCAGCAAGGUGAAAUCUGUCCUGCUGGAUCCCUGGAGUUCCUCUGAGGUGGAGGUAAAAAAACCAGAACCCUGUCAUGUUAUGCAAAGUGUAAGUUUAAUUGACUCAUGCUUCCUAAAAGGGAGAAAAAAGGGUCAAUGUGUUUGUUUUGUAGAAGAUUGGUUAUAGAUUCUAGUCUGAAAUUUGGCUUGAUUUGAUGUCUGCAGUCUGGGGCCUCACCCUGCUCCUCUGUGAUCACUGUCCGCCUGCAGCUCCCCCUCUGAAUCUCUGCCUGAAAGAAUAAGACAAGUCAUCCUUCUUCAUUCAGUAUCGGCUAAACGGCAUGAGCCAGCAGCUGGCAAAUACAACCACUUUCUUUGUGUGUGUCUGUGUGGGUCUCUUUGUGUGUAUUUGUGGCUCUCGGGACUAUCAGACUCUCAGACUUGCUGAAAAACAGAUCGAUUUCACAGCCUCAGCGCUUAAAAUGAACAUAAAUUAGGUAUUUCUUUUAUGUUCAAACUGUUAAAUGAGUGUGUUUCCAGUAUAAACACACACCCUGACUCAGUUGUGUGUCUCUCUGUCCUCUCUGCAGUUUGUGGGCUCUGAGGGUAACAAUGCUGCCAAGGCUAAAUAUGAACAGAUAGUUCCUGCCUUCUACUACCGACCCACACACAAGGAUUGCAUGUAAGUCACGUGACGCGCUCUGGUCUCUAGUGUUCACUUCCAAUAGUUUUCCUUUAUCAGACAUUACACCAACAUAUCAGCUGAUUCAUAACAAGAACAUUGUGAAAAUGUUACUGAUAUCAUCUUAAUAGUGUUACUAUUAUUUCACAGAUGGAUUUAGUCAAAGGGCAUUUUGUGGUUUCAGAGUAGCCGGGCUGACAGCAGACAGAUAAGUGUACCAAGUUCCUGCAGUUUGAACAGGAAAUGACAGUGAGAAGGCUUUUUUUUUUCUCACCUCUUCUGCGUUUAUAUAUAACAAAAAAAAUGCAACAACCAAACUCAGAGCUGUCAUAGUUUGAUGGUGUUUAUGAGAGAUUUUUUCACAACUAUAAAAGAAGAGGAAACGGAGAAAUCUUCUCAGGGCUCUGGGAUUGAGUACUGUCCAUCUGCAUUAAUGUGACAAACUCACAGUUUCACUCGCCAGUUUUUUUAUCUCUAUCAUAUCAGGAUUUCUUCUUUUACUUUUUUAUGUGUAAAUUUAAGAUUAUUCUGCAAGUAACUGACUUGUGCAACCAAAUUUUUUUCUCUAUUCAGAAAGGGAAGGACACAGAAAGGUACUUUGGCCUCAAUAGUGUGGUGUUAUCUUUUAAGGACUACACUUUUGAGGCAGCAUAAUAAUCGUCGGGCACUUCCUGCAUUAGUUUCCCCUACUGUCAAAACAUAAAUCACAAUCUUUUACUGGUGAUCAAAUAACAUAAUAAUCAAAAGGAGGUCAACGAUGGCGUCACUUAAACUGAAAAAAGAUAAAUCAACUUAAAGCUAUAUAUGACUUUACAGUAUAGUACUCAUGUGGUGUAGUAGUUGAACCUAAACUCUGUAAGAUCGCUGUUUUAUUCGCUGAGACAGAGUCAGCUGCAGAACCAGAGUGCACAGCUUAACACUGCAGUAGAUUUACCUAAUGAUGUCUGCAUCAGAGCGUUGGGUCUUCACAUGGACAUUAAUCUAACCUCUGUCCAUCCCCUCUGAGUCUGGUUCUGCUCAAGGUUUCUGCCUGUUGAAGGAAGUUUCUCCUUUCAACUUGGGGCUGAGCGAUAAAACGAAAAUUUACAGAUACCGAAAUUUACGACAAUAACCGAUGUCAUUUUGCCCGUAUUGAUAUAUUCAGUAUGUAGGUAGGCUAGGGUCCCAUGUCCCUUUAAGACGCUGACCUCAGACUCGUUGUAGGUUGUGUGGUUGCUGUGGUAACAUACCGUGUAGUUAUGAAAAGAUAAGGCUUACCUGCAGUCAGGUGGAGAGAGGGGAGCGGGGUAGGCGUAAUUUUUGUUGACCGCUUUGCAUCGCAUCAUAUAGUAUAGCAUCACUUUGGUUUGCCCUGUUUGUUCCUGUUGUGUAUCAAAAGGAGUCCUAUGACCACUAGCAGAUGUUUCAUUAAAAACACCGUAAAGUGCUUUCUAAGCCUCUUGCUCAUCUAUGGGGAAAGCGAUAGCGCGUCGGACAAAUACUGGACCCUAAACUUCCCCCUCAAGCGACAAGGUUGGUCUUUGGAUUCGCUACAGUCUCCACCCCAUCCAAGAGGGAAAGACAGAUGAGGUGGAGGAGAUGGAGGACGGUUCAAAAGUUGUAGCGGCUGAAGUAGGUGAAGUUAAUGUGGGAGGGGGUGAACUGCCUAAUAUAUCGUGAUAUUGAUUUUAGGCCAUAUCGCACAGCCCUAUUUCUACUGUAGUUUGCUAAAUGCUUCACAGUGUUUCACUCAUGUGGUAGAAGAUGGGAUGGGAGUGGGUCUAAUCUUACAAGAUGGGGCUCCAUCCUAUCCCUGUUUUUGUAAAUGCAGCAUAAACAAACGUGGAUUGGAUUAUCUCAGUACCUCAGGCGAUAAUUUUGAGGAGACGAACCAAAUAAUAUUAGAUUGCCUUUCCUUUUUGUAACUGUGAAAUAUGAACUGACGGUUUGACACGCACGUAAGCUAAUUAGGCAUUUCAACAAACUCAAUCAGGCAUGAAGCAAACAUCAAACCGAGUCAGAGCUGUGUGUGUCUAACACCAACUGUUGUUCAGGGUCCUGAGGGAGCAGUGGAUCCGAGCCAAGUACGAGAGGAAGGAGUUUACGAGCGCGGAGAAGCAGGAGCCCUACUCUGCAGGUAAAGACACCUCUCUGCACUUGGCUCAUGUAAACACAUUACACUUCUCGCUUACUCAGAAGAACGAGUAAUUGCCUGCGUCUCAGACAACGCUGCCUAUUCAGGCUGAAAUGGCUACAUGGCAGAGGAACAGCAUCUGCGUUUAUUGUUACUGACAUUCCUCAGCGAAACAGCUGACGAACUCCAAGACCAGGAGAGAAAGUCGUUAUUUCAUACACCUCUCUGCUGCCUAAGCGGAUACUUUAAUGGUUUAGGAUGUAGAAAAGGAGGUACAGCAUUCAGAUUACAGUUGGUUUUAAGAGGUCGAUUGAUCAGGUGACUCCCUUAAACGCCGCCAUGUUUGCUAUUUUCUCCAUUCAGGCGUUGAGUCUUGAGGAUAUGUAAGCAAAGGUUCACAUGAGCCACCAGACAGAGUUAAAGGGAUAUUCCGGCGUAAAAUUAAUUCAGGGUCAAACACACCAUAACACCGAGUUAGACACCCCCUCAAAAGAUGAAUGUGCUUCUCUAGUGAGAACAUCUCUAGUGCUUCUCUAGGGAGACCUCGGGCCAGUCCAUUAAGGACUACAGUGGGGUGCCGCAGCUCAAGGAAGAACAUUUAUGAUCGUUUCUUCAUGGAAAUGCAAUCAGAAAAUGCUAAAUGAUUAAUUAUUAAUGAUUAUUACUUCAAGGAAAUGAUGAAGAAAUUAUCAUAAAUGUUCUUCCUUGAGCUGCGAAACCCCGCAGCAGUCCGUAAUGGACUGGCCUGAGGUCUCGCUACAAACAAGCGGCUGCUGGAAGAGAGUAGGUGAGUUGUGUUUAGUCUCUUUGCUAAAGAAAUUAGGCAAAGUUAAAAAGAUGUUUGGUGGCUAGUGCUGUGGCUGUGACCCUAUAUGUACUGUUGAUGAAGUUAGGUGCUGUUCUGAGCAUUAUUUGUGGUGUUUCAGUUGAGGUUUGAUUAUGGCUCCUCAGACCGCUGUGUAUUGCUAUCAUGCGGUCGUUACUAAAGUUGGUAUAACUAGAGAAGCAAUUGGUCGGCAACAUUCAUCUCUCGAGGGGGUGUCUAACUCGGUGUUACGGUGUGUUUGACCUUAAAUUAAUUUUACGCCAGAAUAUCCCUUUAAACCUGCAGUUACCACAUGAACCAGAAACCCGGCUUUGCAGCACAGGCCACAGCUUCUUCUGCAGAUUGACCCAACAUCACAAACCAAACUUUGGUGACGUUUGGCAAGAUGAGAAUUUCCUUUUACAGGCAGAAAAUUUCAAGCAGACACCGUCCACUCAGACGUGACGGGCGGAGAAAGUGGGACAGAGGGAGGGGCUUAAAAACAGACACACGCUCAGGGCCAACACGUGUAGUUAAAUAUGUGUAACAUCAGCACUAUCUCUCAGAUUGGACGAGUAAACAUCUCCGUAGACACCUGCUGAGAAACUUUAAUCUGCUGCAGCCACGACUGCGUUACUCCACCCUGUCGGCCUCUGUGGUAUUUGUAGUAAUGUGAUGUCAUUACCACAGCCUCGGUGUCGAGUUCACACUCGGGUUUGACUCGAUGAGGCAAGAUGAGGAAACAGAAGCUGAUGUCUAAAAUCAACACAGUUCCCUUUAACCCGACCAGAGCACAGCUGAGUUCUCACUGACCAAGAAACUUCUCCAGAUUAGAGCCGUCCAGAAAAAUGUGAAAUUACAAGAUAAAGCGCUAUUAUCUGGUUCUCAUGACUGUGGAGCUCUUGCUCUGCGGGUCUCAGUCUCUCUCCGUCAAUGGCCUCUUGUGUUGGGCUGUGCAGAGGUUCAGGAGCAUGUGGCUGUGUGUCUGUGCCGCAGAGGAAGAAAGGCUGCUUUUGUUUCGCAAAUAUUUAACACAAAAAUCGUCUCUAGGAGGAGAAACAAGCUGUGGACCUAAAGAGAGACAAAUCCUCCGGUCCAAAAACAGCUUUGCUACCUAAGGUGUUGGAUAAAAGAGGGAGUAAGUCCUGCCUCUGCUGUGUUCGCUUCUUCGGGGCAUAAAAACCCGUCUGCUCGCAGCUGUGGAAUAAAACCUUGUGAUUCAUGAAUAAUUAAUGAAGCCAUUACCCUGCCAGGAGUUUACUGCCGUCUGUGACCCACGCCGUGAUGACUAUACCGCCGCACAAAGACGUACGGGAUCGAAGCGAAGUGAUAGAUGGGAUUAGGAGAGAGAGGAGUGAUUAUGGAGCUGCAAACGAACAAACAAACGAAUAAAUCAAAGUGUAGAUGAAGUUUUUCCUCUGGACUCUAAACUUCAUAUCGUAUGAAUUUACUUUACUGCAGAUGGAAAUGCUUUAAAUAAACAAGUUUCUGUGCAGAUAGUUUGAGUUAGUUUGAGGAAAGAAAACAUAAGGGAGCUUAAUUUUCAUUACAGGGUUUAAAAAAAAUACCAUCCAUCCAUUGUCUACCCAAUGGAUGGAUGGGCGAAGGCAGGGGACACCCUGGACAAGAGACGAACAACCAUCCACGCUCACAUUCACACCUACGGAUGAUUAGAAAGUGGCCAAUAAACCUAACCCCACUUCUGCAUGUUUUUGGGAUUUGGGAGGAAACCGGAGUUCCCGGAGUAAACCCACACACACACAGGGAGAACAUGCAAACUCCACACAGAAACACCUUGACCCGGAUUCGAACCCAGGACCUUCUUGCUGUGGCCACUGUGCUGCCCCCUAAAAAAUACCAAUAUUUCUAAAAAGGGAGCUUUUUGUCCCUCAAAGGCCACCAUUUAAGUGAGGGGAAGGUGAGCGAGGGAGCGUUUCAUUCUGUGAUCUGACUGCUAAAUAUCACUAAAUGUUUCUAUUCUUCCAAACUGUGGCUUUAAGUUAAAGGGUCAAAGGUUACUUUCUUUGUACCCCCAGGUAAAUUAUGUUGUUUUGAUAACAGUAGACGAACAAACAUUACAGUACAUACAUAUAAAGUGACAACAGUGCUUGGGGGUAAGAGUUUAAAAUGAAUCAAAUAAUCAAAUAAGACUAAAUAAAACCCCGUAAAGCCAAAUCACUAAGUCCAAGUAAGUUUUUGGACUUAAACUUGAAGUAUAAAAUCUAAAGGAGUUAGCUUCGUGGUGCCAAAACUCCUUAAAUAUGACAAACAAACAGUUCUUUACAGGGUUUGAUUUGUGCUGCUAACUUGGCAACACCCAAUGAAAAUCCCCCGGCGCUGUGAAGCAAUCUGCACGCUUACCUCAGAAUAAGAAGUCGUGGAUGACAGGCUGAAAAAAAAAACCCGACAUUACUAAUCCAGUUUUCUUCAGAAUGUUCCUUUUUAUUGCUGAUCAGUGAGUGUGUGUUUGUGUGUGUUUGUGUGUUUGUGUGCGUGGCUCUGAGGUAAAUUACGCCAUGACGGUGCACUUGUUCCUGCAGUGAUGCCUCUGUUAGUUUAUUUCAGGAAUGAGCGGACGUGCCGCUGUCAGGAACAGGCCGGGUGACAUCUUUGUGUGUGUGUUUGUGUGUGUGUGUGUGUGUGUGUGAGAGUGUUUGGGAGUGAGCGACUUCAUAUCAGCAAGGUUCAGGCUCGUGGAGGAAACCAGUCUGAAUUAUUUAUGUGUAGUAAAAGCAGAUGUGCUUCCUCCCAUCACUGCUGAAAAAAUAGUGACCACAGAGGAUGAAAGUGUGCGCUAACACCGAUGUGUCGGCUCUUUUUGACUCACGGGUUUUCAGUGACCUUGAUUUACGGUCCGAUGUUACAUGUUUUAAAACCCGUCAAACUCUUGGUGAUUGGGGUUGCAUUAAUUAUUAACAUGUUUGUUAAACUGGAUGAAAGCUCACAAGUGAACUCUCUGCUGCCCCCAACUGGCCAAAAAAAUAACUGCCUGUGGAGUGACUGUACAUGUUUUCUCUCUCUGUAUCUCUGCUCUUGUUUUACCCUCAUGGCUCUCCUCCUCUCAGGCUACAGAGAGGGUUUUCUGUGGAAACGAGGCCGAGACAACGGACAGUUCCUCAGCCGAAAGUUUAUUCUGUCCGAGCGUGAAUGUGUUCUGAAAUACUUCAACAAGCAUGACGUGAGUGUUUCAUCCCUCCCUUUAAAAUUUCUACAUCUUCUCUAGAUGGUAACAUAGUGUCACCUCACAUCUUCACUCACAAGCUACAGAGUUCAGGGACUUCUGAAUCGUCUUUUUUCUGUUUCCUUUUUGUGGAUUUUAAGGCUGCAUCCCUAAUUUGCUUUCCUUUGCAGGCUAGAGAGCCCAAAGCAAUAAUGAAGAUCAAUACUGUGAAUGCCACUUUCCAGCCAACCAAAAUUGGCGUUGCACAUGGGCUGCAGAUAACCUACUUAAAGGACAACAGCACAAGAAAUAUCUUUGUGUACCACGAGGAUGGAAAAGUGAGCUGUUUCUUUGAGUUUGUUUAAUUUUCUUUGUAAUAUCAAUAUCAAGCGACAAAAGCCGCUUGUAUUUUUCCACUUUACCCUUGAUUGUUUAUUCCUGCUCGCUCUUGCACUUCUACAACCACAGCAGGUGAAAUCAGAGUCACUGUCAAUCCUGAAUUUCCUGUCUUGCAGGAAAUAGUCGACUGGUUCAACGCGAUCAGAGCAGCCAGGUUUCACUACCUGCAGGUGGCUUUCCCUGGAGCUGCUCAGUCUGAAGUGAGUCCUUCUGCACAAUGACACAUGCCCACUGUUAAUGUAGCACUACAUGCAGUCAAGGAGGCGGACGUCAUAUCUAUACAUGUUCUGCAUACCUGAGUGUUAAAGUAGGCGCGUGCAUUCAUGAAAAAAGAACACCUAACCCCAAAAAAAUUCCAACAAAAGGUUUCUCAGCUGUUUUUUUUAUAGUAUUAGGUGCCCUUAAUGACAUACUAAAAGUUGACCAAAGUUUGACCGCUAGAAAAGUGUCUUUUUCACGAUGGCGUCCAUGACGGGCUGGAAGCCCGGGGAGACAUCCCAGGUGAACAGGGUAAUUUUUUUAACAAACAGAUACCACCAUGAAACUUUCCAAGUUUAUAACUUACAUUCAGACAAAUAUUUUUUGUAUUACAAGUUUUGUCAGAUGUUAUGUUUGAAUAUGUAAAUGAGGCAAUAUCUAAUUGAAUAUGCGCUAAUUUGCAUACAUUACCAGAGGGCAUAAGCAAACUAAGCGCCUGCGUAGGGCCCCGCGGCCAGUAGGGGGCCCCCAAGAGCAAUAAAAAAAAAAUAUAUAUAUAUUUUUUUGCAUGUAUGAGUGAUGCUUUCUGUAUGAUCAAAUAUAUAUUAUUGUAAAAAUAAAUUAAAGUAAAAACAUUUUAGUGCCGCUUCUGAUGUAGGCCUAUGAUUCUUACUUCUGUGCGCUGAGCAUCCUGAAUGUGUUACACUUUGAGAUUAAAAAACACAUGUGUCACCCUGAACAUCAUUCAUCAGUCAUUCAUUGGUAUUAUUUAUGUUAUUACCUAGGCCACCCCCUUAAAUGUGUAAAGACAUGUCAGGUGCAUUAAAUUUAUACUGUAGUAGGUGUGUGAACAAUCAACAAUCAAUAUUAUUGGCAGAAAUAGAGGGCCACAAAAUUCAAUUUUGCUUAGGGCCCCAUUGAGGCUUUGGCCGCCUCUGCCUAAUACUAUAAAAAAACAGCUGAGAGACCUUUUGUUAGUAUUUCUCUGGGGUCAGGUCAUAUUUGCAUCUGACUGAAGGUAGGAAUGGACAGGCAAUGGAAGAAGUAUUGUUGCACGACUGAAGUCUUUCUUCAGCUGCUGUCAGUCCUCUUUAUGCAAACCUGAAACAAGUUUUAUUAGUGACUGUAUUUGCUGUUUUUUAAGCUGUUGCCAAAGCUGACGAGGAACUACAUAAAGGAGGGCUACAUGGAGAAGACCGGCCCGAAAGUAAGACAUAUUUCCAUUUUGUACAUUUUUGCGACCUUGUUUUGUGGCAAGAAUCCUCGUAGAAAUAUGAGUAAUAAGAUACAGAUUCAUGUGAAGGCUCUGAUGGGAUCUUGUAAGGGGUUGACGCAGGAUUAUCUGUCCAUUUGAGCCUCUUGUUUGUCUUCCUUUUUCUCCUGCAGCACACGGAGGGUUUUAAGAGGAGGUGGUUCACGAUGGAUGACAGGAGGCUCAUGUACUUCAAAGACCCACAGGUAAAUCACCUGUAGUUGGCAGUAAAUUCAAGCUGGGGUUUGUGAUGUAUGUUUGGUGAAAUUGCACUCGUCCAUCUCUGCGUCUAGGAUGCUUACGCACGAGGUGAGGUGUUCAUCGGCUGCAAGGACAACAAAUACACCGUGCUCAGCGGCCUCCCGGCGAACACUCAGGGCUACCAUUGGCAGUUCGGCAUCACCAUAGUGACCCCAGACAGGAAGUUUCUAUUUGCGUGCGAGACCGAGGAGGAUCAGAAAGACUGGAUCGCUGCAUUUCAGAGCGUUAUCAACAGACCCAUGCUGCCUCAGGAGUAUGCAGGUGAAUCUAACACCGAGUCGAGCUCUUAUAUCGUCAAAGAAAAGCCUCAAAUAAGUCUGUUUUUUUCUCCUCCAUUUUCCCUGCAGUGGAGGCCUAUUUUAAGCACAAACCAUGACUGUGUGUAGUGCUUGAAGGACUGUUGGUGCAGCGUGAAGAGCAGAGGAUGGAGCGAGAGGAAGAGAAGGACGUGAGAGAUGUAACAUGAGGGUCGCAGAGGAAAGGAUCUGAAGGUGAACUCACACUGUUUUUUUUCGUUUUUUACCACAGUAUUCGUUCUCGAAGUGACUCCUGCAUCACAAACCUUUUUUUAUUUUAAAGGAGUCUGAAUCGCUCCUCAGCCUAACUCAUCUGUCAUGUGACUUACAUACUUGAAAGAGGUCGGUCAUCCUCACCCGAACGCGCAGAGGUGAAGACGAGUGUCGCGUUUGUGGGAAUCAAAACUGUUGCUGCUGAGAUGUCGAAAGACGUGUUUGUUUUAGUGAUGCAGUAUUGAUAAUAACAUGAACAUACUUAUAUGCGUCAGAUGUUAAACACACCUGAAUUAACUGUGUAUUCAAACUAAAUACAAACUAUGCUCUUCUUGUUAGUAAUGUGUGAAGUAAAACUCUGACAGGAGGAUCGCUUCAGUUAAACUCUGUUGAAACUCACCGAUGUUCAAGUACAAUAUUUAAUGUAUUUAUUUUUUUAACUGUGAUUUUUUGCUACAUGCAGCUUGUAAUAAUUUGGUGCCAAUCACCGCUGCUACAAAAAAGCUAUUUUUGUACUUUUUUUACUCACGUUUACAAAUUUACUUGCAGUCUUUUUGUCUCUGUCGAAAUGUGUAAAAAGUGCAAAUCAUGGUUCUUUCAUGUGGUGUAACUGUUUGUCCACUAGGGGGAGACAAAGGAAAGUGAAUUCAAACAGGAGGAUGUAAAGUCUGUGCAUAGAGGGAACCCAGGGUACAGACACCAUUGUGUUAGCUCUUCUCGUUGCAUGAGUAUAAAAGAUAAUUAUCUUUAAGGUGUUAUUACGCGGGGUUCCUUCUCACAUUAGUGUUACGAGUGAUCAGUGUGUGCGAGAACCAAAAGGAAAAAGCAUAAAUGUGUUUGUCGGAGCUGUAAGAGCUGGAGUGAAUUUCCAUUUGAGCAUGCAUCUGCCUUACUAACAUCGUAUAGUUCGACCUUUAAAGUCCACCGCACUGUUUUGUCACUGCAGACGUACUGGAGGGUGAAGUUUACCUGAAAAUAAAAAACAUGGGUUCAAGUCACAUUAACUUCUGUUUUUAUUGUCGUUAAUAACUUUUUCGUUACAAGAGAGAAAGUUACACAUUGAAAAAUAGUGAAACCAAAAAGUCACGUUACCCCUCUCAACAUCAAGUUUGGAAAAUACUGUGAGGACUGUACAGAGACUCAGUUUCUGUGGUUAAGAUGAUCUAUCAAAGCAACGGUCGUAUAAAAAGAGGCGUAUGCUUCUAUCAUGGAGACGACUUUAAGAAACAUACUGGUCGACGCUUUAAGAAAGAUGGCACUAAAUACCCCAGUUACAUACUCAUGAAUGGCACUACAGCAAGCAGCGGACUAAUAUUUGCACUUUUAACUUCAUAUGAGACAUUAAAAAGAAGAAGUUCUAAUACUUCAGGUAACACUGUCAAUAUAAUAUAAAUAUCUAUCGCCCCCAACCCGCUCGACUUUACCAUUAAAGUGCCACCAAUCUUUUCCUUUACGGGAAAAAAAAAGUAUUUACAGCAUGUUUGUCGAUUCAUAACAUACAGUGUUAGUCCAUUUUAAAGGGAUAGUUUGUUUUUUUUCUUUUUUUUGAGGGUUUCUGGAGAUACUCGGCGUCUGUGUUACAGCAGACGCAGAAACUGAGCAGUCAACCGCCGCAGACGGGGUCAGCUCUGCCAUGUAGAUGAGCUCGUUUGGAGACGGUUCAGAUAUCAAUGAAGCUGUAAGUUUCGACUCUUAAUUAGAAGUUUUCGGUGCAUAACUUUGCCAUCAGAAAGCCAAUUUUGUUUGUGCAAUAUUUGUGUGCAGCACGCCGAUUAGCCGCCCUCCUCUUAGUAUCUCCGUCUGUUUACAUUCUCUCGUUGUUUUGUUCCACUUAAACCACUUCGAUGGGCUUUACACUGCACAAUUAUAUUUAAUUGACCUGAAUUAAGGGCUUUGACAGAGACGAAUUACCUUGUGGUGCAGGUGCAUCAGGUGUGAGUGUACGCCCACAAAGUCUGCAUCACUCACCAUCAGUGAUGUUUUAAGACAACAUGAAAGCUGCAGUUUAACUUAUCAGUGCUCCACAGGUGCAAAAGUGACUAAGUGGUGUCCUGAUGGCAAGAUAAGGUGCAGAGAAAUCUCUAAAUAAAGGAUACUUACACCCAAACUGGUGUCGGGGUCGAUUUUAGCAACAAUUCAGGAGAGUUUGACCCCGUCUGUGGUGGAUGACGGCCUUCUCUGUCUGCUUCCUCAACAAAGAGGCCUGCAUCAAACUUCAUACGACCCCACAUCAAAAAAAAAAAAAAGCACAAACUGUCCCUUUAAUAACAAUUUCAAAGACAAUGGAAAGAAAAUAUACAUAUUAUCAAAUAGAGAAGUUGCAUUAGAGCGCUCCAAGAUUCAAUAUUGAUCCUCUUCCAUUGGAAAAAUGCCCAAAAUGUUUUCGGUACCAUGACUCAUGCAAUACCAUCUGUUUAAAAGUUUCUCCUAAACUACCACAAACGUCUUUGUCUCGCAUCUAGCAUGAAUUGAAACCUAUCAAAAGAAUAAUUACUGUGGCUAAUUAUGAUUUUUUCUGUACUUCAUAUCAACAUAAAUAACAAAAUAGCGACAUCUAUACACUUUUAUGUUGAAGAAGUUAUACGUAGUCCCGAAUAUCCACAGCUGAGUCAUGGUAAUGCUUAGAUUAAGUUUAUGCUGGUGAGCUAAAUUGGCUCCAGAUAGCCUCGUCGAAUCACUGACAUGAACACUGAACCAUAGACAGGAGACACAUCACUGAACAUCUAUUAUAGGUACAUUCAUCCAAACACUUAGCAAUAAGGAAACAGUCGCUCCUUUAUGAUGUUUCUUUCAAAAUAAGAUGGAAAAUCGGAUGUGAUUAAAUCCCGUCACGGUGAAGCGACACCACCAGGUUGUGCAAAAAGCUGUUUGUUUGGUGUCCAGAUUCAGCGGAGGAGUUAUUGUCAUGCAGCUACAGUUAUGGAAGAAAACAUCCAUCAGUAUGUUAAUGACUGAGGUGAACAGCACUUAAACUUUGUCUGCUGCAAACCAUAACCCGAGGCUACAUUCACAGCUGCAGACCGCAAAAAAGGAGUUUGGCAGAAAAGAGGAGCGCAGGACGACGGAGGGGGUCGAGGAAACAAAAACUGAGAGUGGCUGAACGGAAAACAAAAUAAUUUUUUACCUCGCUGGAGCUGACUCCUCAUCUCUUGGACCAGAUAUGAACAUGAGUGAUCCACACACACAAAAAUACACACUCGCACAAACACACACAUGAACGUCCGCAGGGUGACCCGGGCAGGCUUUAAGUCCUGCAGCAGCCGGCUCCCUUCAUCUCUUUAUUCACGUACUCCUGCAGCGCAAACUUCUCGCUGGGAUCCUUCGUGGAUCGGUGCUUCAGCUCCCUGAGACAGACGAGGAGGAUGAGACGGGGGGAUUAAAAGUAAGCCACACAUGGAUGAACGCUAGAAAUGAAAAGCCAUGUCUUAACUUGUCUAAAAUCUAAAUUAGGAAACUUCUAUAAUGAGCAAAAGUUUCAAUAAAAAGCGUCACUAAAAUAUAACCCUGAACUUCUCAGUCUAAAACUUAAGGGGAUAUUCAAAAACACUGUAACACCGAGUUAGACACCCCCUCGAAAAAUGAAUGUUGCCGACCGCUUGCUUCUCUAGUUAUACCAACUUUAGGAACGACGGCACGAUAGCAAUACACAGCGGUCUAAGGAUCCAUAUACAAACCUCAACCAAAACGCCACUCUAUAGCCACAAAUAAUGCUCAGAACAGCACCUAACUUCAUCAACAGGACAUUUAGGGUCCCAGCCAUAGUACUAGCCACCAAACAUCUUUUUAACUUUGACUAAUUUCUUUAGCAAAGAGACUAAACACAACUCACCUACUCUCUUCCAGCAGCUGCUUGUUUGUAGCGAGACCUCAGACCAGUCCAUUACGUACUACAGCGGGGUGACGCAGCUCAAGGAAGAACAUUCAUGAUGGCUCCUCUCUCGAGGGGGUGUCUAACUCGGUGUUACUGUGUGUUUGACUUUAAAUUUUUUUUUACAUCGGAAUAUCCCUUUAAAUAUGAGCUACACUUUGAGGAAUCUGCUGCACUUAAGAGACUUCCAUACCAAAAAACAAACCCUCAGAGUGUUGACGGAUGGUGUUACUCACUUUGCCACGGCGGUGAAAGCCAGCUCCACGUUCAGACCUGACCUGGCGCUGGUCUCCAUGAAGGGAACUCCAAACUCCUGCAGGAUUUAAGCAAAAAGAAACACAUCCGACCUGAGACCUCACCCCUUAAACACCCAGGGCACAGUUUCACAAAGAUAUCUCAGACCUGUCUGAUGUGAGUCUUUAAGCUUUCACAUUUAGUCACCUCUUAUUCAGACUGAUUUCACUGCUUGCACCACAUUAGAAAUGAUAGUAAACAGCACAUCCACAACAGCGACAGCUCUGGAAGUUGUUUCGAUUUGCUCAGGGGGACAACCUUGUGUCUGCACGGCAUGCAGAUCUCUUGGAGCAUCAGCUUGGAUUUAUAUAUAAACAUAAUUUUCUGUCAUGACAGCAAGUUUUUUUUUCUAAAUCAUUAUAUUUUUCCUUGGAAAUGUGACUUUAAAAUCCAUCCUGGGGGCAGACGUUUCUGCUGGAGUGAACAGUUUGGGAGUUUGAAGCAGAUGCAGUGUCAGCUGUUUUUGUUAUUUGGAAGAAAACUCCAAACCUCCACAGAAACCAUCAGCAGUGAGCUCCAAUUUGUGCAAAGGAUGAGCUGAGAGACCUCUCUGAAGCUCGACGAUUAAUUAGCUGAGUGUUCAUGUAGAUUCAGUCUUAUUCUUUACAUUAAAAUAGCUUUAAUUUCAGUCAUUUUGACUGUUUAUAGUUUCACUUUAGUAGACAAAAAGUCAAAACAUUUAAUUUUAAUCAAAAAUGUGAUUACGCUUUAGUUAUUAAAGUUUCAGUAAGUAUUUAAGUCUGACAUGUCUCACUCUCUCAUCACUUUAACUUGUCUAAUCCAGGUCCUUACCUGUGUUGGAUGAUUUAGUUUAGACUCUCCCACAAUGCAUUGCUGCCCUGUUCUUGCUGAUCUACCGAGGUAAUACAUCGACUCUGACUUCAGAUACAGCAGAGCUCCGUAAGUUAGACCUUUGCUUGAAUCUCAGCUGUUAUUUGGCGACCCCAAAGUUUCUCUUCAUCCGUUCUUUUCUCAAACUUUAGAAGUCAGACUUUUAAAGUUUGAUAUUUAGAGAGUUAAGAACGAAGUCUGAUGUUUGAAUCAAGUACACCUCUGUUAGCGCACGCUCAGACUGAAGUUGGAGCUCAGCUGUUAUACAGCUAGCAAAAGUUAGUGGGUUUUUAGAGUUUAACAUUACAGAUUUCACAGUUUACAAUCAAUUUGGACAUUUUGAAUUGAGUAUUUUUUUUCAAUUUUAUAUCUAAAAAGAUUGGUAAUAUCAACAAAUCUUCAAAAAUUUAGUUCAAAAAGUUAUUUGUUUGUAAAAUGAUGUUAAUGUUUUUAAUUUAAUGCAUCUGGAGGCAGAGAGUUUUGAACUUGUUGCAGAUAAAUGACCGAACUAGCCCUGCUCUCUUUUAGCUAACUCUAGCUCUACGCAAGUGUGGAAAGUAUGGAAAUAAAUUGGAUCAAUUUCCAGGUCUUAAUAAGUAUGGAAAAUCUAAAAUAAAGUAUAAAAAAUAUUUAUAUUUCCAGACUACUUCCACAGUUCUGAAAUACUUUUUUCUAAUAAAGAAAAGUAGCUAUUCCCAAAAAUAAUUCUAAAACGUAAGGUAUGGAAAAAAUGGAAAUUCCAACCGUGUAGGAACCCUGCAGGAGUGCACUGCUUGUACUUUGAGUGACAGGUUAACUUGGAGCAGCAUGAGAGUUUUUAUUAUCAGUGACACAGUUUUAACUUAUCAUCUCAUUACCGUGUGAAAAAAGGUCGUCGAUGAACAUUUGUAUUUAAUUUUUCACUGAAUAAUUCUGUCUUUGUAAAAGUCGCCCUGUGAGACUAAAAGUGAUGUUCGUUGUUAAACGGUAUAGAAAUUCAGAGAACCCCUCACGGCUCAAUGGUUAACUC